AUGUUAUUGGCCCUUACUCUUACCACAGUCUGCCUUUUUCUCGUAUUGGUGUAUAUCCUGCUCGUGGUACUUUCACCCUCUAUACCAACCCCGGGCCCAGAAGCAUUCAAGUACCGCUCAAACUCGGAACCUACCAUCGCAUAUCCUCUCCCCUCCUCAACCGCACCAGCAGAAUGUGACUUGUCCGUUGUCAUUCCGGCUUACAAUGAAGCAAAGCGACUCCCGCCCAUGCUUACCGAAGCCCUCAAUCACGUACUCGGAAACAAGCUUUGGCGGAGCGUUGAAUUCCUAAUCGUUGAUGAUGGGAUUAAGCUUCCUCAAAAUAGCGGAAAAGGAUCGGCGGUCAAGCACGGGAUGUUACACGCUCGAGGCGAACGCAUGCUCAUGGUCGACGCCGACGGUGCUUCGAAAUUCUCCGACCUUGACAAGCUCUGGGAUGCAAUGGACAAUGGCGCUGACGUUGUUUGCGGGAGUCGUGCCCAUCUAGUUGGGACAGAUGCGGUUGUCAAGCGCUCCUUUAUCAGAAAUACAUUGAUGUAUGGCCUCCAUACACUGCUCCGUUUCCUCGGAGUUUCACAUAUCAGGGAUACGCAAUGUGGCUUCAAGCUUUUUACGCGUCCAGCUGCCCAUACGCUCUUCCAAACGUUGCAUAUACCUCAUUGGAUUUUCGAUGUGGAAUUGCUCGUGGUCGCGCUCAUGUGUGGAAUGAAGACUGAUGAAGUCGCUGUUGGGUGGCAUGAAGUCGCAGGCUCUAAGAUAAACAUUCUGUGGGAUACGCUUGAAAUGUUACGUGACUUGCUUGUUCUGCGCGCCAACUACGUCACAGGGCGCUGGAAGGUCGUUCGCGUCGACAAUGCGCAGACAAAUGGAAGCGCGGGGAACGGUCAUGUGACCGACUUGGAGAACAAGUCAGCUGCUAAUUUGCGUCGACGAGUUGUGGACGCUACACAAAAGUAA